UCUCAACCCGUGGAGCAAACUCAUUGAUCAACAUGCCACCUAAAACCUCUGGAAAGGCUGCGAAGAAGUCCGGCAAGGCGCAGAAGAACAUCAGCAAGUCUGACAAGAAGGGAAAGAGGAAGCGCAGGAAGGAAUCCUACGCCAUCUACAUCUACAAAGUGUUGAAGCAGGUCCACCCUGACACCGGCGUCUCUAGCAAGGCGAUGAGCAUCAUGAAUUCGUUCGUGAAUGACAUCUUUGAACGCAUCGCCGCCGAGGCCAGCCGCCUUGCGCACUACAACAAGCGCUCCACCAUCACUUCCCGGGAAAUCCAGACUGCUGUUCGUCUUCUCCUGCCUGGAGAGUUGGCCAAGCACGCUGUGUCUGAGGGAACCAAGGCUGUCACCAAGUACACGAGCUCAAAGUAAAUCAAGAGCUGUCGACAUUAAUCGGCCCUUUUCAGGGCCACCCAAAUAUAUUCUUAGAAGCACAUAGCAAUACAUUCAAUAAUAUUUACAUAGUUUCGCUAACUGCAAAUUAUUCCAUUGUAGUCACGAUUCACGUCCCUGUAAAUAAUAAUCGAUGGUCUGGCGCCACUCCCGCAAUAUGAAAUUAAUCCCGCCCAGGCCCAUUCAAAUCGAAUUUUACGUCACUUAUUGCAUCAGUCAAACCAAAGUAAGAUUUUAUUCAUUCGUAAGAUAGGAAAAAUGAGAAUAUGUACAUAAUAUUCUGUUAGUGGUACAUGAGCAUCAAUCUCUUACAUUAACUGGUGAUAAUAUGUUAGAAAAUUCGGAAAAUUCAUUGUAAAAUAAGCCACGAGUCACUGGCAUUAUAAUAUGAAAUGACUUUAAGUUUAAAAAGAAAACAUACAAAUUGUUUCCGCUUUGUUUGGCCUGGGAAAUAAAGCCAAUGGCGUUGAACCCUUGAAAGU